UGCAUACACGUCACACGGCUUUGCCAGUUGAUCGUUCUCAUUACAACCAUGUCGCUUUGAAAUCAGUCCGUUAAGAUUUUUGAAAAAUGGCAUCGUUCUCUCCGAUAAGCUUUUAUGCGAAAGGUUGGACAUCUACGGGCUAUAAGAAAGCCUCUGAUUGUCUAAACUUCAUGCAAAAUGGUUGUCAACUCAUUAAGGUUCGGUCGUCAUCACGUAUGUAUCAUCGUAUCUUCUCUCUGUCAGAGGAUUUCGAAGAACUGCGAUGGCAUCCAACAUCCAAGAAACCAGAUAAAGCAAAGAUUAGAAUAGACGACCUCAAAGAAGUACGGCAUGGCAAAAAUACGGAAACAUUUCGAACCCCAGACAUCAGCCAAGAAUUCCCCGAUGAUCGUGCCUUUUCAAUUAUCUACAGCAAUGAAUAUUUGACCCUUGACCUGAUAGCCUCUUCAGCUGAUGAAGCAAACAUUUGGAUAACAGGGCUUAUGUAUCUGAUGAGUGGAUGUCAUCGAACUCCGAACGAAAAUGACGAGCAGCAAGACAUGCGAGAUCGGUGGCUGCAAACAGUCUUUGAUGACGCAGCUGGAGAGCCUUUGGGUCAACUUGACGAAAUCGAGGUUAUGAAGCUCAUCAAGAAACUCAAUAACGGCGUCGGGUCAAUGAGGGUCAAACAGAAAUUCAAGGAGAUAAUUUCGGAUAAGAGUAAGAGUGAUUCCUUGAGGCCAACUGUAACAAGUAGUGAAUUUGUGGAGCUGUUUAAAGAAACAACUACUAGACCUGAAAUCUAUUUUCUUUUGGUUCGGUAUGCCAGUAAUGAUUACAUGACAGCAGAUGAUUUAUUAUUAUUUUUGGAAACAGAACAAGGGAUGACUGGUUUGUCAAGAGAAACAUGCUUGGCUUUGAUUCAAGAAUAUGAGUUGACAGACGAGGGAAAGAGAAAUGGAUACCUAGGAAUUGACGGUUUUACACGAUAUUUGAUUUCGGAGCAAUGUGAAAUAAUGGACCAUAAUCACAAGAGUGUUUGUCAGGACAUGACACAACCGUUGUCACAUUACUUCAUCGCUGCUUCACAUAACACGUACGUGUCAUCUCAAAGUUAUCUCACUGAAGACCAACUUAAGGGUCCUUCCAGUAUAGAAGCCUAUGCUAGAGUCUUGAAGAAAGGAUGUAGAUGGGUAGAAUUGGAUUGUUGGGACGGUGCGAAUGGGGAACCCAUCAUCUACCAUGGACACACCUUAACGUCAAAGAUUUCUUUCAAAUCAGUAAUUGAAUCAAUCAACCAGCAUGCGUUUGAAACCUCAGAGUAUCCCUUGAUAUUAUCGAUAGAAAACCAUUGUAGUGUUGAUCAACAGACUGUUAUGGUUCAACAUAUGAAGAAUAUUUUACAAGAUAAAUUGUACACAUCAUCACCAGAUGAAGACUCUUUAUACUUGUUGUCACCUGAGGAACUCAAGGGCAAAAUACUCAUCAAGGGCAAAAAAUUAGGUCAAAAUGUUAUGCAAGAUGAAGGUGAAGUUACAGAUGAAGACGAGGGCGCUGAUAGUGGCAGGAAACACAUUAAGAAGGAUGGGCACAAAAAGCAAGUGCUGAUCAAGGAGUUGUCAGAUUUAGUGUGUUUAUGCAAAUCAGUAAGAUUCCAGGACUUUCAAGAAUCACUAAAGAACCAAAAGUUUUAUGAAAUCUGCUCGUUAACAGAAGGGGUGGCAUCAAAGUUUGCAAACAUGUGUGCUGAAGAUUUUGUGAAUCACAAUAAACGGCUUUUAACUCGAGUGUAUCCCAAUGCACAUCGUGUGGACUCAAGUAACCUGAACCCCCAGGAUAUGUGGAAUUGUGGGUGUCAAAUCGUUGCAAUGAACUACCAAACACCAGGCCUCAUGAUGGACCUGUAUGAAGGAAAGUUUAAACAGAAUGGACAAUGUGGUUAUGUUCUUAAGCCUUCCAUCAUGAGAGAAGAAAUUUCUUACUUCAGUGCCAAUUCACGAGACAUCAUUCCAGGCGUAUCGCCCCAAAUUCUUCAUAUCAAGCUAAUCAGUGGACGACAGUUUCCAAAACCUAAGAAAGCGACCUCUAAGGGUGAUGCAAUCGAUCCAUAUGUAUUCAUGGAAAUAUUUGGAAUUCCAUCAGAUUGUGCAGAAGAUCGUACAAAGACGGUCCCGCAUAAUGGCUACAACCCCAUCUUUGAUGAGAGUUUUGAAUUCACUGUCACACUACCUGAGAUGGCACUUGUGCGGUUUGUGGUCCUUGAUGAUGACUACAUUGGAGAUGAGUUCAUAGGUCAAUAUACCAUUCCAUUUGAAUGUUUGCAACCAGGCUACAGACAUUUAACAUUGUAUUCCAACACUGGUGAAAGUUUAGCUCCUGCAUCCUUGUUUGUUCAUAUUGCAGUAACAAAUAAGCGAGGGGGCGGGAAAGCUCACAAGCGAGGGUUAUCAGUCAAAAAAUCCAAACGCAACAGUCAUUUUGCCAGGAUACGUACAGUUGGAGUUAAAAAUGUUGAUGAACAUUUUAAGAGUGCCGUCCCAAUUCUUGAAGAUGCAAAUAACUUACGUGAGAAUGUCCAGAAUGCGAUGAUUAAAUUCAAAGAAGCGUGUGGCUUGGCAUCAAUUGCAAAUCUAAAGCAAUGUAUACGUCUAAUUGGGUCAAAGUUGGACAACACCUAUGAUGCUGUGUCACUGCACUUGGUGGUUCGGGAAGAUCUUCCAUAUUUUGAAUUAGAAGGAAAUAGUUCGGAAAUGCUUAGGAAGAGGCUAAGUGCUUUUGAAGUUAUGAUUUCCGAGUGUAAAAUCUUGAUGGAUAAAGCUGAGGCUCUCGUUGCCAAGUUGGAUAAACUGCAGCAGACAGGACUUGAUUUCCAUGAUAAAAUGAAUGACUUGUUAACCAAAGAGGGGACUAAAGGCAAAAAAUUGAGCAAGUCAAUGGAAAGUUUUGCCUGGAAUAUUCGCAUUCUAAAAGGUCAAGCUGAUACACUUUCACGUUCCAAGAAGGAAUGCCAGGAUUGGAUGAAACAGAUAAUUGAUGCAUCAUCGUCUUUGGGUAUUUUGAAGGAUGCAGCAGUUUCAUGAUAAUUUAAAAUCAGUCAACUGGAACCAAAUUUCUCACACAGAACCAAUCAGAUCUUGAUGGCACAUACGAGAGGACUGCGCUGUCCUGAGAUAGAUGACUCGUACUCUGAUUAUUGCUUUUAUUUUGGUGCAAAGUAUAUUUAACUUGGGCAACUCAUGUAUUCUACCGAAAGAUCCACUGAUAAGUCGUAGGUGUAACUCCAAAAAAUGAAAAUCGUAGGGCCGUAAUUGAGUCUGUGUUUCGUGGAAGCCUGUAUUCUAUCUGCCUAAUGUUUGGAUGUUGUUGGUUGUUUUACGCCUUUGCGACAGUUUAUAUAUUAAAGUCAUCCGGAAACCGAAAAUUAAAUGACGUUAUCGGUGUCAGUCCAUUUUCUGAGUGUGUUAAUAAAUCUUGAUGGUUGAUUGGUCAUGUUCUCAGAUUGGAAGAAAGUCUCUUGCAUACCGUGCUUGGUCAUUUCGCUGUUAAUGCAUGCUGCCCUCCAUGUAGACACAGUCAUAAAACUAAUUUUUUUGGAGUAGUGUGCAAAGUUUUUCAAAAACGUGGCCUAAAACCAAUAUCGAGGAAUACUGCGAACUAGCUGUGAGUUAAUAUAUGUGGAAGUUUCUCGGAAAAAAAAACUAAUGAAACGGAUCAGAAGUAUAAUUAUAAUAUAUAAUUUCUCAAAUAUUACACUGCAUUUCUUAUAUUAAUUACGAAAGCUUCAUUUUAUUCCGGUUCAUUUGUUAAUAUUUCACAUUUUUAUUAUAAAGUGAGUGUACCAGUAUGAACAUUAUAUUCAAUUUUUCAGAAAAUAUUUACAAGAAGAAUGGCAUGGGCAUAAUGUCAACGAGAUUCACUCUAUUGACCUAGUUUCCAUAAAAUUGUUACCGUCACUGCAGCAAUCGCUACACUAUGUAUCUGUCACUGACACAAUCUGGAAGUUGAGACUAUUCUAGUUGUCCUUUACAAGUCUGCAAAUUUGAACCAGUUUUAACUUUCUUGAUAGUCUUGAACGAAUUGUAACCAUGACCAAAAUUUCAUUAGCUCCUCGUUGACGAUGAUCACACUAGAUCAGUUUAAUUAUUUGUAAUAUUGGUACUAAAAAUGAUUAAAACUGUUUCAUUAGGGUUUUUAUUUAAAGCAAAUUAUAAAUUUUGAAAUUUUUAUCCAAAUUGACUUGUAAAAUCUUUAAAUACUUAUAUAUUAUCGAUUUGAACAAUCAUUAAAAAUAAUUUGAACAAUUUUGGCAAGAGAACAUAAUGGGUUGAUAGUCUCAGAAUAUAUUUAGAACGCCUUGUACACAACAUUUUUUCCCAUUCAGUAAAACUUAUUUCAUUUUAUUAAAUGAUCUAGGAAAAUGCAUCUAGGUAAAUGUGCAGUAUACUUUUGUAAUAUAUAUUUUGGAAUACUGUACUGUAUAGAGGAACAAAUUAAUAUAUCGAGAAUGGGCCAAAAUUGUAAAUUUUCCAGAUUUUACAUAUUUUAGAAAUGUUUAUAAAAGUGAAGGUUUCUCUUUUAAAAUA